AUGGAAAUGGACGAUGAAGAAGAAGAAGAGGAGGAGGAGGACUCCCGUCGUCGCAACGGCAAGCAGGCUUCAUGCGAGCUCUGCCGCCGGGACAAGGUCCGCUGCGACCACGCUCUGCCCGUCUGCAACCGCUGCAAGGCGCGCGGAGUGUCGAGCCAAUGUUUCUACCAUCCUGCACCCCUGACUCGACCAAAGGGGCGGCGCAUUUUCCCCUUGGCUGAAGGGGUGUCUUUUGACAGAGCCAGGAGCACUGGUCCAAGUGAAUCCAAUACGCCAGUGGCCGCUGAUCAUGUCUCGCCGUCGCGGCACAAGCCUCUACUGCCAGGCUACCUCGGCCCGACAAGUUUUGUCUCUUCCCUGACCGACGAUAUGGACCUGUCCCCCGAUAGCCAAGGACUGGAGGUAGAGACAGGGCAGCGAGUGUUACCCCCAUAUUGGGUGCAGAAGAUCUCUGAAGUGUUACUCGCCCUGGGAGAUUUCUCGACGAUCGAGGAACUGAUUCGAGAAUACUAUGAACUGAGUCAAAGUGCCGUCAUAGCAUCGCCAUUUAUUUUUAAUAGUCUCGCCUCCGUCAAGGCCAUAUGCAAGGAACGGAUCGCCAGUAGAGACUUUGAUGACUUUACGUCUUCGCUGACUGUGCGCAUUAUCCAGAACACUGCGGAGACGUUUGUUAUUCCUCUCACGACUCAAGGGGCCGACUUUCACACGCUUUUCACGGGACCACGGACUCGUCUAGAGAUCAUCGGUGUAAUUUGCUCUCUCGCAGGCCGAGCUUGCUAUUUUUGGCUCGCUCAAAAGAAAUUCGAUUCACAGAUUUCCCGGUCUCAGUUUACGCGGAAGAUGCUUGCAGCUAGCGACGCUGCACUGCAGACAUGCAAGAUUUUAACGCCUCUGAAUGAUCUCACAAUAUGGCUUGUCCAUGAGAACCUGCUGCUUUCCCACGUGGCAAACGGGGUUUCAAGCCCACAUGUAUGGAGCCGACUCGGAGAGCUCUCGACUGAUAUCUUUGCACUGGGCUUGCACCGAGAGCCAAAAGGCUCAACCGAGAUCCCUGGGUUCAUGUUGGAAUCUCGUCGACGACAGUUCGCGGCAGCAUAUCAACUAGACAAAAAUCUUGCCACGUUCCUCGGUCGUCCUCCCCGAAUCCCUUGGCGAUACUCCGAUUGCCGAAUGCCCCUUGAUAUCAGUGAUGAAGCGCUGGUCGCCGAUGGUCUGAGCCUUGACAGCCCACAGGAUGGUAUUGUUGACUCCAUGGGUUGGAAUAUCAAUGGUCUAUUCCAGCGGUCAUCCUGGCUGCGAGUGCGUUUCAUCAUCAGCACAUUCCGCGAUGAGAUUCUCGAAAUCUCUCUCCAGGGCAUGGCUCCAUCGACUGUCCGUCUUCUAGAGGACAUCUCCAAUCGAUGCCAUUCCGCUUGGGAGUCGCUCCCUAUUCACCUACGAUACAACCCGCAGAGUUGGGAUAAUAGUCUUCCAGCAGCAGUUUGCUUGAUGCCGAUAUUUUCCUACCUAGCGUACCUGUGCAAUGACUUUCUCAUUCAACGACUCCUCGCCGAAAAGAAUAACCCUAGAGGAAACGCCGCGCUUCUAUCUGUCAGCUCGGAUAUUCUAUCUACGGUCUUGAGACUAGGCACACAGCGUGAGCACAGGGUUGACCUUCGUCAGGACUUUACACUGACGAUAUUACUCUACGGCUUUCCCAGCGCCAGCAUCCUAAUAAAAGCCCUACAGCACCACAAACGCAGCGGCGAACCAUUCCUCUACGAGGGCUCCCGCUCAGCUCUCAUUCGCAAUCUCAGCGUCUUCAUCGCUCACCUCGAGGCGUUUUCACACCCAGAUAAUGUAAGCUACGCUCUCUUCCAGCGUGCCAGCCAGGCUUUCUCGAAGAUCAUUGAUGAGAUUCUCGAGCCGGGUUCUGUGGCUCCUGAUACGGAGUUUGAGGAGGUGUCGCUGUUUGACUAUGAUCAGAUGAUUGAUAUGGAUGGGUUAGAUUGGUUUAGUACGAUGGAUUUUGGGGUUGCUUUUAACCAGUGGUUGUUUUGA